AUUUAAUAGGACGGAAAAAGUGCUUACUACUAUACUUUUUCCUAAAUUUCCCCUUUUAAUAAGAAAGUCUUUUUAAAUGGGGCAAAUUUAAAUAGACAGGACAAAUUCAAAGAGAUAGAUAAAUUAGUUUCCUCUACAUAUGUCAUUCUUUCUUUCUUUGCUUGUUACUGUGUACGUGUUGAGUUUGAGUGAGGGAAACUAAAAAAUGGUGACAGAAUUAGCUCAAGAAAAUAUUGAGUCCAAGCAAUUAGCUCAUGGAAAUGAUAAAGAAAUCAAGCAAAAUUCAGAACAACAUAAAUUAUUGCUCUUGAGAUCUUUAAUUGAAUCUAAAGAUCCCUCUGCUAAGGAUGCAGAUGACUUAAUGUUGAGGAGAUUCUUAAGAGCCCGUGAGCUUGAUGUAAACAAGGCAUGUGGGAUGUUCUUGAAGUAUCUUAAAUGGAGACGUACAUUUGUACCUAAUGGUCAUAUCUCUGAGACAGAGAUAGAGUAUGAUCUUGCGGCCAACAAAAUGUUUCUACAAGGGUUCGAUAAGCAAGGACGACCAAUCAAUGUGGUCAUGGGUAGUAGACAUUUUCAAAAUCCUAAACCAGGGGGCCUAGAUGAGUUCAAGCGUUUUUGUGUGUAUUCUCUUGACAAAAUAUGCUCAAGGAUGCCGGAAGGGCAGGAAAAAUAUUUAGGAAUUGCAGAUCUUAGUGGAUGGGGAUAUUCUAACAGUGAUAUCCGCGCAUAUGUAGGGGUUCUCGCAAUUCUUCAGGAUUGCUACCCUGAAAGAUUAGGGAAGUUGUUGAUUGUACACGCCCCAAGACUUUUUAUGACAGUGUGGAAGAUUGUCUACCCGUUCAUCGACGAAAAAACCAAGACCAAGAUAGUAUUUGUGGAGGAUCGGAACCUGAAAUCAACAUUACUAGAAGACAUUGAUGAGAGUCAACUCCCAGAAAUUUAUGGAGGCAAAAUGACCCUUGUUCCCAUUCAAGAGGCUUGAUUAUCAAUCCUAUAACAAUCAAUAAGAAGUUAUCAUCCGAAUAUAUUCUAUUAUGUGCAGUUGGCAAUUAGUUGUUGGCCGUUAAUGAAUUAAUUAUAUUUAUAGCUAAUGAUGGAUUAUGGAAUGAUGAUGAGGAUGAUAGGACUUUAUGAAGUGUGAUUGUAUGAGUAUAUUUAUCAUAGUUAUUAAUGGAUGAUAAUCAUCAUGUAUUAGUACUUCCUACUUACCACAUGAGAUGAAAUAUAUAGCCUUAUCAGUUGCCAUAA